ACGCAACGUGCGUACACGUCACCGCGUCUGUGUACUCCUUCAUAUAGAAAGCGACGAGAUUCGCCCAUGAGAGAUCCAGUGCGCGCAGGAAUCGGGAUUUUACGUUUCUACACAUCUGAUGAGUAAACAAACCUGUUUCCAGGUUUAUGAUGGAGGAUCACAUGCAGUGCACAAUCUGCUUGGAGUCGUUUAAAUUCCCUGUGACCAUCCCGUGCGGUCACACCUUCUGCAAGGAAUGCAUCUCCAAAUUCUGGGAGGCCAAGGACAAAGACUUCCACUGCCCUGUUUGCAACACAUCCUUCAAAACGAGGCCUCAGCUGAAUCGCAACGUGUCUCUGUCAGUGUUAACGGAGGUGGCCGCCACACACAGUCCAGCUAAGAGAGAUGUGUGCACUGGAGCCUCCGUCCACACGGAGCCGGAGCAGAUCUGUGAGCGGCACCAGAAACCUCUGGUCCUCUACUGCAGGAAUGACUGCAUGUGUGUUUGCUAUGAGUGCAUUGUAAUCGAGUGUAAGGGACAUGAUACGAUUUUAGUGGAAGAUGAACGAAAGAAUAGAGAGGCAGGAUUAAAGAGAAAGAGUGCAGAAAUCAAGAAACUCCAGGAAGCCACUGAGAGGAACCGUCUGGAGCUCAUGGAAAACAUGGAGAAAGCGAAGGUCUCACUACAGCAGACGUCUCAGUGGGUGAACACCAAGUUCUCACAGCUGAUAAAGGUGUUGGCAGAGAAGCAGGAAGUGACGCAGAUGUUUCUGGAUCAGCAGCAGGAAGUGACAGUGUUGCAGGCUGAAGAGAGGCUGGCUGCGCUGGAGGAGAGAACGAUCCAGCUUGUAGCCCUGCAGGAGGAGAUCAGCAGCAUGUGUUCCCUCCCUCCAUGCCAGCUCAUCAAGGACUCCAGGUUCAUAGAGGUCCCACGCUUCAGUGACGUUCCUGUGGAUGUGCAUGUAAGCGUACAGGAGAAGCUGACCCCCGUCACAGACGUCCUGUCCCGCGUGUCUAAGCUGGUGUGUGAGGAUCUGGAGAGAGCCGUACAGGUGUCCGGAGGACAGGAUAAAGAAAGCUCUCCUCAAGAUAAGAGGCCAGUUCUGGCUGUUGUUCCCAGUCCUGCAACUCCAUCAUAUCCAGCAGAGAGGGAGGGGCUAAACGCAUACCGCUGCAACCUGACCUUUGACCCUCGUACCGCUAACGCUCACUUACGCCUUUCCCAGAGCAACAGGAGGGCGGAGCAUAUGACCUCUGGGCCCCGCCCCGUCCCAGCCGACGAGUCCCGCUUCGACCACACCUGGCAGGUGUUGUGUUUCCAGAGCUUCACUCGCGGGCAGCAUUACUGGGAGCUGGAGGUGUCGAAACCAUGGGCCUACGUGGGUGUGACGUACCCAAACAUCCCGCGCAAAGAGAAGGGCAAACGCUGCAUGGUGGGGAUGAACGAGCUGUCGUGGAGCCUCCAGCUGGACGAGCGGCAGCUGAGCGCGUGGCACGCCGGCUGCAAGGAGUCCGUCGCGGCCCAGCUGCAGUUGAACGCGCAGCCGCUGCGCAUCGGCAUGCUUCUGGACUACGAGGCCGGUACGCUGACCUACUACGGCGAGGGACAGGUGCGGCUGCACGCCUUCCACUGCGCGUUUUCACAAGCCCUGCUCCCUGCCUGCUGGAUUGGGGAGGGCGUCACUGUUACGCUCUGUGAACCGCGAGCCUGAACAUUUGUACGCUGAUUUGUCCUCAACAGGAUGGUCCCGAGGAAAUAGAUGCAUCCCUGCUGUAGCUGGACCUGAUACGUGUUGCCUUUCUUCUCCAUCAUUCACUCCUCGUGUUUUUGAGCUGUGGUGAGAUUUGAUGAGCUCAGGAUUUACUCUGGGAUGGUGCUGUAAAAGCUCUGGUUGAUCUGUGGAGAAUUAUACUUCACGCAAGUACAUGAACGCAGAUGCUUUCAGCUACACAGGCUUGAUGUGUCAGUCAUAAGUUACGAUAUUUCCUGAAAUAAUCAAUGACAGUAUUAUAUAUAAAUAUAUAUGUCCAGAAGUAUGUGUAUUAUGCAUACAUAUGUAUUUUAUAUAUAUAUAUAUAUAUAUAUAUAUAUAUAUAUAUAUAUAUACAUGCAUACACACGCACACAUACACAUAUAUAUAUUCCUCAUAGUCCAGAAGCAUGUGUAUUAUGUAUACAUAUAUUAUAACAAUACAUAUGCAUACUGCACAAUAUAUAACACCGGUCAGAAGUUUAGAAUAAUCAGUAUUUUUUAGUGUUUUGGAACGGUAUUUGCUGCAUCUAUUUAAUCAAAAACACCAAACACUACUAUUGUGAAAUAUUACAAUUUAAAAUAACUGUUUUCUGUUUGCAUAUAUUUCAUACUCGGCAUAUUAGAAUGAUUUCUGAAGGAUCAUGUGACACUGUAGACUGGAGUAAUGAUGCUGAAAAUUCAGCUUUGAUCACAGGAAUAAAUUACAAUUGAAAAUAUAUUACAAUAGAAUACAGUUCUUUUAAAUUGUAAUAAUAUUUCACAGUAUUACUGUAAAUCUGUUGACAUCUGUGUUCACGUACUUCGUAAAGUGUGUUUCUGCCAUAUUCUCUUACUUGUGGCCAAAUUAUGGAACUUUUAAGAAGUUUUUAAGAAUUUGCAUUUGAGGGCCAGAUGUGCACUUUGUGUUUAUGUUGUGUUCAAGAGACAUCGAAAUUGUUAGGCUAUCUGCUGUACCCGCUCUAGUAUAUGAUUUAUAUUUUUUAGUUUUUAAAUAUUGAGAAUUAGAUCUAUUCACCUGCAGUCGCAGAGGACAAACAUCUGUGUUGUGUUCAUUUCCAUGUUCAGUUUUCCUGUCGGAUUCUCGUAAUAGUGAUUUUGUAUUUGUACGUAUUUCUACUGUAUCAGUUUUAGUAGAAUUUUGUUUAUUUUUGCAGUUUAAUUGUUAUGCUAAUGAUGUGUCCAUCUUUCAGUCAUUAUCUUUUAACACUUAAAAUACUGACAUCUUAAAUUAUGAAAUUAAAUUUCAUACUCUAAUAGUCUAGUCAUAUGGUGCGUUCAUGUCGGAAAGAUCGUAUUUACGAGCUGAACGCACAAGAACGCCACCACAAUCUCGAAAAUACGAGUGGGAAGUUAGGGAUAUUCUUUAAAGAGUUAGUUCACCCUAAAAUGAAAAUUCUGUCAUUAAUUACUCACCCUCAUGUUGUUCCACACCCGUAAGACCUUCGUUCAUCUUCGGAACACAAAUUAAGAUAUUUUUGAUAAAAUCCGAUGGCUAAGUGCUCUAUUGACAGCAAGACAAUUAACACUUUCAAUGCCCAGAAAGCUACUAAAACAUAUUUAAAACAGUUCAUGUGACCACAGUGGUUCAACCUUAACGUUAUGAAGCAACGAGAAUACUUAACGACUACUUAACGACUUUAUUCAACAAUAUCUAGUGAUAAGCAAUUUCAAAACACUGUUUCAUGAAGCUUCGAAGCUUUACGAAUCUUUUGUUUCGAAUCAGUGGUUCGGAGUGUAUCAAACUGCCAAAGUCACGCCCCCCAGUGGUGAACCAUUGAAAUGUUGAAACACUUAUAACGUAACGAAGCCUUGUUUACUGAAAUCACGUGACUUUGGCAGUUUGAUACACGCUCCGAACCACUGAUUCGAAACAAAAGAUUCGUAAAGCUUUGAAGCACCAUGAAGCAGUGUUUUGAAAUCGCCCAUCACUAGAUAUUGUUGAAUAAAGUCGUUAUUUUGGGGCGUGUCAGUGAGAAACAUGGCGGAAUAACACAAUAGGUAUUUAGCAGUUACAUUUGUCAGGCUUUUCUAUUUACAAGUAAGCUAAUUGCCUGCACAAAAUGUGAUAGCAUUAUAAUAUAACAAUAUAAUAACUUCCCAGGAGGACUUGAACGCACCAAUAGACUUUAAUGCUGUCUUCACGUGCUGUCGGAAUUACCAAGUUUCCUAGGUAAAAAUUGCACACGAACGCCCUCCCAUAAUCACGACUUCAGAAGUGGGAAUUAUCAAAUUUCCAUUAGCACGUGAAGGCAGCAUUAUUUUCAUCGCCAUUGGCUGUGUUCAGAAUAGAAUACUUGCAAUCUGCACAGAAAUACUAAACACUAUUAUUUGUUAUGCAACAGUAAUGCUGCUUUGCUUGUCACUAAUUUAAUUUUGCAAGUAAUCCCACAAGGUUAUUUUGCAUUUUUAGUCCAAUUUGUUCCAAUUAGUCCAAUCAAAUGAGUCAGGAAGGAUAUAUUAAAAACAAAGUUGAUUGCGGUUGUUGUUUCCGGUUCAUCACUUUUUAAAUGAAAGGUUGAGCACAUUGCAUUAUGGGAUGCAGUAUCUUUUUCAGUGUGCUCUGUUUUGUCUUGUACGUUUUGGCAAACUUUUAUGUGCACACUAUAAAUAAUGUGUACUGCAAAAAUAUGCUAUUCUGAACAUAGCCAUUCUAUAAGGAGCCUUUGAAUGCUUGAGCACUGUGUGCAUUAUGGGAUCAUAAUUAAAUGAACUCCUUCCUGUUAAAGCGUACUUGAGGUCUGAGCUGACUUUAUGCACUAACAAAUAGAGUUGUGCUUAAUAUUGGGAGACUGAAAGUGAUUUACGAUUUACUUUGCACAAGCCAUCUGAGCUGCAUGAGUGAAGGGAAAACUGGAAAAGCAUAUCUUUUGGGAAUAAUGAAGUCAUUCUGUAUUGUCUGGUCCUGCUGUUCACAGGUUGAUCUUUUACCGAUUAAUGUGAACUUUGUGUGCUUUUGAAACCCUGGACAUUACCUAUGUACAUGAAUAAUGAGCACAAGAAGACAUCCAUAAAAGAUUCUCAAAUGAAAUGCAUCGUUCCACUUGUAUACAUGUUUACUUUAAUAAAAUACACUUCAAAUAACAAUACA